AGCAGCUGAGGUGAGCAGCCUGCAGCCCACUUGAAUCUGAGGCUCGCUCGCAAGGACCUACGCACGCCGCCGCUCCCUGCCGAUUCCCCUUCCAGCCUGGUGCCCGCCGGCGGCCGCCCUCCUGCAGCUCGACUUCUCCUGCAGGGCUGCAGGCUCCAGCCUCUGCCGGCCGCCUCCCUCCCGCAGCCUGGUGCCCACCGGCCGUCUUCGGAUCCCCUUCUGCUCGCCCUCCCGCAGCCCCGUGCGGUGGUGCCCGCCGACCGCAGCAAGGAAACAGCUUAGGACAUGGCAAUGGCUGUGGAGGCGCGUCUCCGGCAGGAGAAGGUGAAGAAGUUUGAAGAUUUCGUUGACCGGCGGCUCAAGCCUGACCUCGUUAACGCCAUAGCCCAGCGCGAUAACUUGUUCCAGCAGCAGAAGACAUUCUUGGAUUUGAAGAAGAACAUCGAAAAUUUGGAAAAGAAUGGUGUAACGAGUAUGCGAUCUAUGGUCAAUCUUGGGUCAGAGGUGUACAUGCAGGCAGAAGUGCCGGACACGAAGCACAUCUUUGUGGAUAUUGGUCUAGGUUUUCAUGUGGAGUUUACUUGGCAAGAGGCUUUGCAGUUUAUAUCUGUAAGAGAAGCAAGGUUGGCCAGACAAAUAGACGAGUACACACACCUCAUAGCGAGCAUAAAAGCACAGAUCAAGUUGGUGUGUGAAGGUAUCCGCGAACUCCUGCAGUUCCCGGCGGAGUGAACGGCCAGGAUCAAACUUGCGGCAGAGAGAUGCUUACACACCAAACUUGCGGCAGAGAGAUAGAGAUGCUUGGUAGAGGGAUAUGAUGUAUCUUGCCAUGGAUUUUUUUGAAGAUUCUUGCAACAAGCUGUAUGCCAAGAAUGCAGCUCUCCCAAGUCCCAAUGUUGACUAGGAGGCAUUGUGUAAACUAAAUAUAGGUAAAAGAAGUGGCAAAUGAGAAUAUUGUGAUCAUUGAACUUUUGUUUAAAUUCCGUGAAGGUUGUUGCAAAUCAUCAAGUGUCUACACUUGAUGUGAGUUGGUAUUUGCAAACUGAAUUUUGCUAGGAAAGUGUUGGGAAAUGCAAUGUGUUUCAGAUGAUUGCAGCAAA